AUGGUGCCCGACAACCUGUCGGCCGAGGACGAGAGGCGCUGCCGGCAGGUGCUGGCUCGGGCCACGGCCCGGUACCGCUCACGGCCCGCGGCGGCCGCCGUGCUCGUGCCGCUGUGCUUGGUGCGCGGAGUUCCCGCGCUGCUGUACACCCUGCGGUCCAGCCGCCUGGCUGGACGGCACAAGGGCGACGUAAGUUUCCCAGGUGGCAAGUGUGACCCCACUGACCAGGACGUGGUGCACACGGCCCUGCGGGAGACCCUGGAGGAGCUGGGCCUGGAGGUGUCUGAGCAGAAUGUGUGGGGAAUCAUGCACCCGAUACCUGACCAGCAAAAGUCCACCGUGGUGCCAGUGCUGGCCAACGUGGGCCCCCUGGAUCCCCAGAGCCUCAAGCCCAGCCUGGAGGAGGUGGAUGAAGUAUUUACACUGCCCCUGGCCCACCUGCUACAGGCACAGAAUCAGGGCUACACCCACUUCUGCCAGCGCGGUCACUUCCGAUACACACUGCCCGUCUUUCUGCAUGGGCCACACCGAAUCUGGGGCCUCACUGCCAUCGUUACUGAGUUCACUCUGCAGCUGCUGGCGCCGGCCACCUACCAGCCUCGUCUGGCUGGUUUUCAGAUCCCGGAGCCCUCGGAGAUGCUUCCGCGUCCCGGCCGGCCGGGGUCCCUCUGA